AUGGCAACGACCCCGCUGCAACCCUCCUUAGAAGGGAGGAAGGAUGGUUCGGCUGGUGCUGCAGCUGGCCUGAUGUCUAUCUACACCACAGCAUCGGCUACCUGUGACGGUCCUGCGCUACCUUCGUUUGUUCGUUUCAACGAAUCCCACCUGCCAUCUGCUUUCCCCCCUGUUUUUCUUGCGGCGCAUGCGGCCUUUUGCCUUAAGGAUGGGGAAGCUCCGCAAGUGCCUGAUUAUCUCGCGGCAUGCAGUUCAGCUCCCUCAAGCAACGGCAACGCGUCAUCAGCGUUGAAACCUUUAGAGUAUUCAUCUGUACACAAAAAUGAUGAGUCUGUCAUUCCCUCCGAGUCAAAUAUUAACCAGAAAAUCACCCCAUGUUCACAUUAUCCGGCAACAAAACCGCUGCAACGCAAGGCGCUGCGCCGCACCGUUGACUUCCUUAGGCAGCAAAACUUUGAUUUCAGCUCCUUGAACAGCAGCAUCCUGAUGGACUAUGGCGUCACUAGGGAGGCUUCUGCAGCUUCCACACCCUCGAGUGGAACAAAUGCAGCUGAAAGCAGAGAAAAAGAAGGCGAACAACGGCAACAACAAGCUGCAGCGAAAGCACCUCUCUCCUUGCCACUAUGUAACAAAGGCGAAUCCGAUGCUCCGGGCGCAGCACAAAAAGACCCAUCAGAACCAUCUUCAUCAAAUUCUGUCGCAACUGAUGCAGCAGCCGGAGCUGCGGAUGCAUCAGUUGCUGCUGCAACGCAGCAAAAUUGCAGCAAGUUUGCACACCACGGUGCUGCGCAGGACCUCGGAAAUCCUCUACUGGAUUCAAGCGAAGACACCAACAGCGGCAUUGCUGAAGCGCCUGCUGCUGUAGCUGCGAGGGAGGUUCUUUCAGAACCUUCCGCUUGUAAGAAGCGGAGGGGCCUGAACACGGCGGCCUUGCGGCACAAGAACUUAGAGCAGGUUACAAACGAGUGCGCAGCGAGCGGUGCUUUCUGCCUUUCGCAAGCAGCCUGCGGUGCAUGCGACGUUGCAAACUGCACCAAAGACCACGACGUUGCAGCCUUCAUGAAGGCAAGGCCUGAGGACUUAAAAGGAGAAUGCAUUUUCUUCUCUCGCUCCGGCCUUUGUCCAUUUGGCUGCUGCUGUCGCUUCGCUGGCUCUCACGUUGAUGCAAAUGGGGUUAAUCUGAACAGGGAAGGGAGGCAGGUUACUUUGUUGGAUUUGCAAAAGUACAAGGAGGAGCAUAAGUCAGAUGAAAUGAAUAUUAUAACAACUCAAUCUGUCUUACCUAUGGCGACAAGACGCAAACGAAGCUGCAAAAGAAACAAACAAGCCGCCGUUACUACCGCCGCAACAGGAAACGAAAACAGCAUGCAAGUGGCAAGCAAUCAUUCAAACCCCUCAGCCUCCUCUUCUUCUCCUCUCACCUCUCUAAACCCUUUGGAGUCUAAACCUCCUAAGGUCGAGACCGAAGCUGGGGAAGGGGGGCCGGCCCAGUCUGAAGCUCCUGCUGCCCCUGCUGCUGCUGCAGCUGCUGCCCCAGCAGGAGCUGCUGCUGCUGUAGCAACAGCACGUGGAGUCGGAGCAGUGGAUAUUUUGCCAGUAGAUGAUUUGAGCCGAGAGGAGAGGAGACGGCGGUUUACACAACAAAUUCGAGGGAAGACAUUUCUGGCCCCCCUAACAACUGUAGGGAAUUUGCCUUUCCGAAGACUGUGCACGCGGCUGGGAGCUGAUGUUACAGUUAGUGAAAUGGCAGUGGCGCAGUCUCUAGUGGAAGCGAAGGCCUCCGAACUUUGCUUGCUGCGAUUCGGGAAGCUGAUCAAUGAAACAAAUAUUCAAUGCGAUUUCGUCGAUCUUAACAUCGCGUGCCCUCUUGACCAACUCCACCGAAAAUUUAAAGCCGGCUCAAUAAUGCUGGAAAAGCCAGCGGCAGUGGAGUCCGUCGUUAAGAGUUUAAUGGACGCCUCGCCGAAUCUUCCCGUUACUUUGAAAGUCAGAACUGCGCACUACGGCAAAAAACACCAACUACACAAUGUAAUCGGCAAGCUUUCGCGUUGCGGUGUCAGUGCCAUAUUUGCUCACGGGCGAACUGCACAGCAACGCUACUCCAAGUCCGCUGAUUGGGAUUAUCUUUCUUCUUGCAAACAGCACAUGCCAGAAGACGUUCUGCUAAUCGGCUGUGGUGACAUCCUCAGCAGUGCAGAAUAUGAAUAUCGGAAGGCUUCUGCUAACAUGGACGCCUUAAUGAUAGGAAGAGGGGCCCUAAUAAAGCCCUGGAUCUUCACAGAAAUAAAAGAAGAGAGAAUUUGGGAUAUCUCUGCACCCGAGAGGUUUGAACUCUUAAGGUGGGUUGUAUAG